UGUUCAACUAUAUCUAUAUAUUGCAGUUUUUAUUCAUAACAACUUUUAUCUGUUAAAAUUGAGCGCAGCUAUAUAAAACUAAAUCAUGCUUUCAGUGUCAAUGCACAAGGAACUUGUAUAAGAACUACUGAAGAGUGCAAGAAAAAACUCUCGGAUAUCAAAACAGAUGUUAAAAAGAAAGAAAGGAGGAGGAGGAGGCAGAUGGCAGCAACAACAGGUGGUGGACCCCCUCCCAUGUUGGAGGAUUGGGAAGAUAAGAUGGUUCAGAUAAUUGGAGAAUCUGCAAUUGGAUGGUUUUGUGGAGUGGACACUUUCAAACUAAGCAGUGGGAGCAAUUCCAGUACUAAACCGGUUAACUCUGCCACCAGUGUGUUGCCAACGUCAGUAGAAUACAGAGCAUACAACCCACCAAUACAAGACUUGUUGGAAGCAGACUGCCCACCAGUACAAAAUGUCUUUGAAAUAGACUACCUGCAAACACUAAGGUUCAUACAGUGCACUUACUGA